AUGGCUGAUCCGCGCCCCGCAGCAACAGUAGAACGUCCAGCCCUUCCAACUUGCUCCUCUCUGCAUAUUCUUAGCGUUUUUGCACGCCUCAUGUGUCUUAAUAUCGACUCAUCGUGUCAGUCUAAACCUCCAGUCUAUUCUUGCUUGAACCUCCGACGGGUCCAGUCGUUCCCACAGAAUCACCACCAACCGGCUUCGCUGGGACUACCCGAGACCCUGGCGCCCAAACCUCGAUCCCGCUGGUCAAUCGCUCGCUUCAAACCCUUCGUGUUCAGACGUCCACCCCCUGUCGCUCACCCCUCGAACCCCUCUCUGGCCCGUCGCGAGCCCAGACCUGGCAGACUCUCCAGCCUCCUCCGCAUCCUCGUCGGACCUUUUGCAACACGUAGAGCUCAGAACCGUCUCUGGAACUUCCGCCACGAGACCCUCCCCUCGUUCCGCCACCGUGCACAGUCGCGACUCUACCAAGCCAUCGUCAAGCGGCAGGAGCGGCUUGCGGCCCGUCAUCGCAGACUCGGCGGCGGUUUCGUUGCCUAUCUCCUUGGGCCGCGGCGACGGUUGCGGGGCGGGAGAGUCGCUGCAGGUGCCUGGGGACAACGUAUCCGAGCUAUUCGCGGGCCUGUCGACGGGUCGAAAGAUGCUGUGAGAGCCCCGAUGGCUCAGUCUGGACUUUCGUCAACACGGGGUGCGGGGAGUGGUGACGGCGCUGGUGGUCGUCGGCGCAAGGUCUACGAGUAUUUCAAGGCGGCGAAUGAGUUGCGCCAGGCGUAUCAGUCACAAUGGAGCUCGCAGAGGAAUGAAUACAGCGGUGAGAAUUACUACAAUACCCCCGGCGCCUUUCCAGACGUGGAGAUUGCACGCUCUGGCGACGAGGAGAUGGUGCUUUUCCCUAGUUAUGCGAGACGUUUGACACCCAAGCCAAAGCAGCAUGGUGAAGCACCUUCACGCCGUGAUUCUUGGUCGCGUGAACUCGAUGAAUACCAUGGCGUGGAUAAUGAGCGUGAUUCGCUGGACCACGCAGAGGCCGAAGAUGCGGUCGUGGAUGUUGACGUGCGUGGCUGGAUCUAUGCACCUGGUCGAGAACCGAUGAGCAAGAAGCACCGCCUGAUGAUCACGCUGGCUCGGCAGCUGAGCGGCGUUCAAGCUCCUGUCGCAAACAAUGCACAGAGCUCCUCAGCAAGCAAGGGCGAAGACGAGUACGUGAAUAAGGAGAUGAAGACUCUGGUUGACACUGCGGAGAAAGAUGCCGACCAGGCCUGGAAGAGCUCCAAUGUCGAUCGGUCCCGAAACACCAACCAACAAACGCCUUUGAGUAAGGAUGAAAUGACUAUGGCCAACGCACAGCUGAUGGAAAGACUUCGUCCGUUCUUGACGAAUCCUAUUGCUGGCUUGGGCGUCAUGGCCUUCUUCUUCAACGAGGAGCAGAGUGUGUCACGAACCCUUCAGACAGACGAGUCAGGGCAUUUCAUUCUACGUGCGCCACUGCCCUUCGUCCCAACUCACGUACGGGUGCUGGCCUCAGAGGACCUAUGUGCUGCAAAACCGAUCCAGCUUAUUGAACCGGUGGGCAUCAGCGUGAUCAGCGACAUUGAUGACACCGUCAAGCAUUCCGCCAUUUCUAGCGGCGCCAAAGAAAUGUUCCGCAACACGUUCGUUCGCGACCUGGGCGAACUGGCCGUCAACGGAGUUAGUGACUGGUAUCAAGAGCUGGCCAAGCGGAACGUGGACUUCCACUAUGUUUCCAACGCUCCAUGGCAACUAUAUCCCCUGCUGGAGAAAUACUUCAAACUCGUCGGACUGCCUCCUGGCUCCUUCCAUCUCAAGGCUUACUCUGGCAUGCUGCAAGGUAUCUUUGAACCUACCGCCGAGAGGAAGCGAGGCUCGCUCGAGCAGCUCUUGCGAGACUUUCCUGAACGCAAGUUCAUAUUGGUUGGUGACAGCGGCGAAGCUGACCUGGAGGUCUACACCGACAUUGUACUAGCCAACCCUGGCCGGAUCCUGGGGAUCUUUAUUCGGGAUGUCACGACUACAGAUAGAAAGCCUUUCUUCGACCAGUCGGUCGGACGUUUUGAAGAGGCUGGUCGCAGCCGCAGCACUCCGCAGCUGGUGGAUCACUCAGACUCCCAACCCAACAGGCCUGCUUUACCGCCUCGCCGGGCCCGAGAAACAUCAUCUACUGCAGAUGACACGAAGAGCGUAGACGACGUUCAAUUAAUCGAUUUACGAGAUGAAGAGGAACAGAAGCCUGCGGCUCCUGAGGUUCCCAUGUCUACGAAGCCGCGUGUACCUCCCACGAAGCCACCCAAGCCAUCUUCAUUACGCACAGCGGCAGCACCAGGAGACAGUCAAUUUUCAUCCGGCAAGGCGACACCGCCGCCCCCGCCAAUCCGCCGAAAGGCCGUUCCUGCUUUGCCCCCUCGACGAUCCUCCGCCCAGACGGAUUCCUUGAUCGACCUUGAGCCAUCUCCACCGAUAUCUCGAAGCGAUACCGAGCCACUCACGAACGAGAUGUAUCCGCGCGAGACCGCAGAUACACAGGCCGGGCAAGCGCGCUUGAAACAACCUCCUCCUGUGCCUCCGCCGCGACGCAACAACACGUCUUCACCAAUGACCAGCUCUGCAUCCAGCGCAACAACUACCUCUCGUCCUUCACCGCAGCCACCGGCAAAGCCAUCAUACCUACCAUCAUACCCAGUGUCUGCAGCUCAGGCUGCCCUGCAAUAUGCCACCGAGCGACUCAAUCUGUCUUCCUCACCUUCCACAGGACUGCGAAAGGCCGCAUCUAACCAGUCUUUGGGACGCAAGACCACUGAAUCCACUAUGGCACCUGUACCGCUUCCCAACAAGCGCGAGGAACUAUGGCGACGUCGCUGGGAGCGUGCAACCGAAACCCUUCAAAAGCAAAACGUUGUCCUGGGCAGUUGGCGCGUUGGAAGCGAUGCGCAGCCGGUGUGCGUGUGGUUGGUGGACGAAGCACUAAAGGAGAUGAAGGCGGGUGCUGGACGCCGGCCGUAG